UUAAUUCAUUCAUCUUCUCAACCUUGCUUCUUUAACUUGAACAAGUAACUUCAUUCUUCAUCUCUUUCUCUCUCAUCCCUCGUUUCCCUUCUCCAAAGAGAGAGAAGCAAGCUCAGAAAUUACAACUAAAUUCAAGAAUUUCAACAUGUCUUCCCCAAGCAAGAGGCGCGAGAUGGACUUGAUGAAAUUGUUGAUGAGUGAUUACAAGGUGGAGAUGAUCAAUGAUGGGAUGCAGGAGUUUUAUGUGCAUUUUCACGGCCCCAGUGAGAGUCCUUACCACGGCGGUGUAUGGAAAAUACGGGUGGGGCUUCCUGAUGCAUACCCGUACAAGUCUCCUUCGAUAGGAUUUAUUAACAAGAUGUACCAUCCCAAUGUGGAUGAAAUGUCGGGUUCCGUGUGUUUGGAUGUCAUCAACCAGACGUGGAGCCCUAUGUUUGACCUGGUAAACGUAUUUGAGGUGUUUCUACCUCAACUUUUGUUGUACCCUAAUCCAUCCGACCCGUUGAAUGGGGAGGCUGCAGCUUUGAUGCUGCGUGAUCGACCUGCUUAUGAACAAAGAGUCAAAGGUAAUCAAAGCUUUUUCUUGUCCUGUGAAGCUCGGGGUGUUGCUUAUAGGAUUGUGUGGUCGUUUUAUGAAAGCUUUCGGCUUGUUUCUUUGAUUGAUUUCAAGUGGAUUAUGUUGAACUCGUGCAGCUUGCCUUAAAAGAUCGAUAAGCAGUCUAUGAAGUGUAAAUGGUGCAUUUCCCUAUAGAUCAUAUAUUAGAGACUUUCCCAAGAUGUGAUUUGAGUUGAGGACCUAAUUAAACGCGAUUAUUCAUAACAUAAACAAGGAGAAGAAAUCAUUCUCUUUGAUUGAUUUCAAGUAGAUUAUGUUGAACUCGCGCAGCUUACCUUAAAAGAUCGAUAAGCUCUCGUCUAUGAAGUAUAAAUGGUGCAUUGCCCUAUAGAUCAUAUGUUAGAGACUUUCCCUAGAUGUGAUUUGAGUUGAGGAACUAAUUAAACGCGAUUAUUCAUAAAA